UUGAGUUGACAUGACAGCAAAAUCAAAACAUACACCUGAAAACUGAAAAGUGAAAACAUUCGUUCUUGCUGAUUAUCCAGAAGUUCCAGAACAAAAGUCCUCCGGUGUCAUUAACAAUGAACAAUUCAAGUUUUGGCGCUUGUCCAGCCAAGACAAGCAUCCUGGACAGAUCCCUGAGCAAAGGCAAGGGAGAAGUCAGCCUCAGUGCAUUCGCUCUGCUUUUCUCAGAAGUGGUCCAGUAUUGUCAGACUAAGGUCUACACUGUUCCUGAGCUACAGAAAAAGCUUCAUGAAAUUGGGUUGGACGUUGGCAGCCGGAUUGUUGACCUUUAUUUUGUGCGCGACAAAAAUUGCAAGCGUGAGACAAAACUGCUCAACAUUCUGCUAUUCAUUAAAACCACCGUGUGGAAAAAUCUGUUUGGAAGAGAGGCAGACAAAUUGGAACAUGCUAAUGAUGACGAGCGUACCUACUAUAUCAUCGAGAAAAAUGCUCUGGUCAACUCGUUUGUGUCAGUGCCAAGGGACAAGAGCAGUCUGAACUGCGCCAUUUUCACUGCUGGCAUCGUCGAAGCUAUUCUCACUUCUUGCAACUUUCCUGCAAAGGUUUCUGCCCAUUGGCAUCAAGGCACCACCUACAUGAUUAAGUUUGAUGAAAGCGUCACCUCCAGGGACCAGCAGCUUGAAGAAAGAUAAAUCUAAUUUCUAUACAUGUUAUGCGUGUUUUCAUGGUUUAAGUCUCAUGUAUGUGUUAAUUAAUCUAAGCAUAACAAAAACAAGAAAAGUGUCUGUUGAAAAUAAAGCCCUUUAUUAUGCUAUGA